UAACUUUCACAAUUGAAAAAAACCACACCCAGUGCGGGAGACACAGAAAAAAGAACGAACUGUAGGAACCCAGUUUGGCUCCGUUGGGAAAUCUCCAAACUCUCAAGAGGAAAAAAAAGAAAAAAAGAAAAAGAAAAACGAGAAGCAAAGUGAAACGUAAUGGACUAGGUUCCUGAAAAUUUGUGCCAAAACGACGCCGUGUGAGAGUUUUUGUUAGCUGGGUGAAAAAUAUUGAAGAGGGUUCAAUUGGGUGAAAGAAAGUUUGGAUUUUUUGGCUUUGGUGUGAAUAAUUAGGGCUUGUAGAGGCUUAAAUUUGAAGUAUUUGUGGGGUUUUUUUUUUUCCUUUGAUGGUGUAGGAUUUUGGGGGUUAGUAGAUAAAGAUGGCAAUGAAUAAUAGUAAUAACCCGACUAAGAAUGUUGGGGGGCCAAUCCCUUUUGGUAAUUCUGGGACAGUUUCACAGCCCCCACAUCUUCUCUCUCAGUCACAACCACAAACACAAGGUGGGCCUCACUUUCCAGGCCACUUUCAGUUGUCUGAGCCUCAAAGUCAGGCGUUUGCUUAUGCGCAAGCACAAGCGCAAGCUCAGGCUGUGCAGGCUCAAUUUCAAGCCCAGUUACAAGCUCAAGCACAAGUUCAGGCUCAAACUGUUGCCCAGUUACAUGCUGGGAAUACUAGUAAUGUAGGUGUGUCGUCUCCUCCUGUUGUGACCCCUAUUACUGGGAGUGCCAAGAGGAGUUCCCAAAAGCCGCCUUCUAGGCCUCCAGGUUCAUCCAAUGCCAACACGGGGUCACCGUAUAAGACUAUGGAGUUGACACCAGCUGCUCGUAGAAAGAAGCGGAAGCAACCUGAGAAGCAAAUACCAGAUAAAGUGGCUGCACUUCUGCCGGAGUCUGCUCUUUACACUCAAAUGCUUGAAUUGGAGACUCGGGUUGAUGCUGCUUUGGCAAGAAAGAAGACUGACAUUCAGGAGUCUCUUAAAAGCCCUCCCCGUGUUCAGAAAACACUCCGGAUUUAUGUCUUCAACACCUUCACAAAUCAGAUACAAACAAGUCCUGAUAGCACGAAUGCAGAACCCCCUUCUUGGUCUCUUAAGAUGAUUGGGAGGAUAUUGGAAGAUGGAAGGGAUCCUGUGGUGGCUGGAAUGAUGCAGAGACCAAGCUCUUCUUACCCAAAGUUUUCAGCAUUUUUCAAGAAAAUUACCAUAUACUUGGACCAGAACCUCUAUCCAGAUAACCAUGUAAUCUUAUGGGAGAGUGCUCGCUCACCUGCUCUUCAUGAGGGAUUUGAGGUGAAGAGAAAGGGGGAUAAGGAAUUCAAUGCAAUAAUAAGACUGGAAAUGAAUUAUGCACCAGAGAAAUUCAAACUUUCACAGGCUCUGACUGAAAUUCUUGGAAUUGAGGUAGAUACCCGCCCAAGGAUUAUCGCAGCAAUUUGGCACUAUGUGAAGGCUAAGAAGUUGCAAAGCCCUAAUGACCCUUCCUUCUUUACAUGUGAUCCACCUCUUCAGAAAGUGUUUGGGGAAGAGAAAAUGAAAUUUUCCAUGGUAACACAGAAGAUAUCAGUGCAUUUGACGCCUCCACAGCCUAUACAUUUGGAGCAUAAAAUCAAGCUUUCAGGAAAUUCUCCUGCUGGCAAUACUUGUUACGAUGUGCUGGUUGAUGUGCCUUUUCAAUUGGAAAAGGAAAUGUCUGCCUUCUUGGCAAACAUCGAAAGGCACAAAGAGAUUGAUGCCUGUGAUGAAUUGAUUUGUGCUUCUAUAAAGAAGAUCCAUGAGCAUCGUAGGAGGCGGGCUUUCUUUCUUGGGUUUAGCCAGUCUCCAGCAGAAUUUAUUAAUGCCUUGAUUGCUUCUCAGAGCAAGGAUCUAAAGCUUGUUGCUGGAGAUGCUAGCCGUAAUGCAGAAAAAGAGCGCCGUUCUGAUUUCUAUAAUCAACCAUGGGUUGAAGAUGCUGUUAUUCGUUACCUGAACCGCAAAUCUGCUGCUAGUGAUGCUCCUGGUAGCACUUGAGUGAGGAUUUGUUGAAUUGUUAAGAUCUGGUUUGCAUGUCAGUACUUCUAACAUAAUAAUUCAUCUUAUAUUAUAUUUUUUUUGUAGAAUGGUAA